CCUGUGUUCUAGGAAGCCAUCACAUUAAGGUUAUUCCCUACUCUGGUUAUUAAACGGCUCUGAACUUGUCAAUCAAGUCAAGCACAAGCAGUCAAAAAUGUAUGCUAAUUAUAGUCCAGGCGAAGAAGUUAAAUGUAGGAUGAUGGACAGGAUGAUGAACUCGAACGAUUCAGGAUUGGAACGAGGAUAUGGAAACGACUACCAGAUCACAAAGCGUACAUACUUCCAACACCCAGAUUCCUAUACUGACUCAGUGAGCACAGAGAUAACCCCACAUGUGAGAAACAGGAAGUGGAAUGGGGGUUCCAAGACGUUCCAGAAAAGACCUUAUUCUCGGAGGAAUGGUUCCAGGAGUGCUUCAUUAGAAUACACCAUACAAAGAGGUAAAGAAAGGAAUACAUCUGCUCUGCAUGACACAAGUUGCAGAACUACACAAGGUGACAAUUCAACAGCACACAAAAUCCCAAGCUGUUUGUUAAAGAUGAUUGUGAUUGACCUACAACCAUUGUCCAUUGUUGAAGACAAAGGUAUCUGCGCUGUUAUGAGGGCCAUUGAGCCCACACCGGAAAUUUCACGGGUGACAUCCAAAGACCUACGCUUACAACUUCUUCAAAUGUAUGAAGAGACUAAAGAGAUGGUGAAAAAAGAAUUGGCUUCAUCAGAUGACAUUUCGUUGACAUCAGAAUUGUGGGUUUCAAGAGCUGAAGUAUCUUUUGUGACGGUGACCUGUCACUAUCUAGGCAAAGACUGGCAUCUGAAGUCCCAUGUGUUGGAAACAGCCAAUUUACCUGAUGAACAUACUCCAAAACACAUAGUGGACCAGUUGCUGAAGACCGCAAAAGCAUGGGGCAUUAAAGACAAAAUCCAUACCGUUGUCAUGGAAGGAGGAACAACCAUGAAGGACGAAGUCUCAAAAGCUGGAUGGACACACAUCUCUUGUCUUGCUUAUACUUUGGACUUGGUGUUCAAGGACGUCCUAGAAAAAUAUCCUGGACUUAAAACUCUGCUGAAAAAGUCCCAGAAUGUUGUGAGGUUCUUCCACUGUGACAUCAAGGCAGAACAAAAACUCAAGGAGUACCAACUGAAGCUAAAGUUGCCUGAAAGUGUACUGAUCCAGUCUGUUGGUAACGGUUGGCUCUCUUCACUCAGCAUGCUGGAGCGAUUUGUAGAACAGCACCAGGCCAUUGCAGCUGUGCUCCUUCAGAGGCUUGAGUACAACCUAUGGCUUGUAGACGAAGACAUAAAGACAAUCAACGAUGUCAUAGCCGCACUUCAGCCUUUCAAAAAGGCAACAAAAGAAAUGCCAAGAGCGGGAUAUGAAUCCAUAUCAUUUAUCAUUCCACUUAUGAACAGAUGUCAGAGAGACAUCGAAAAGUUGGCACAAAACGGUAACGAGGUAGCAUUCGGUCUAGCCAAAAUGUGUGAAUGGCAUUUUUGCAAUGUCAAGCUCAACCGCUGGCUUACAGUUAGCACAGUCCUGGACCCAAGAUUCAAGAAGCUCCUACUCUCUGAUGAUUACAAAGUCCAGUUAUCCAGAAGACAAAUCCUCAAAGCAAUGGAUGACAUCAGCACAAGUGCAGUGUCUGCUCCAGUUGGUUCUGGCAAACAAUCACACUUUGAUUUUGACUUUAUGAGGUAUGUCAAAGAGAGACCCAUCACAAUGUUUCAGAGCCCCCUGAAAUGGUGGAGGGUCAACAAAGACUUAGUGUAUCUAAAAAGGAUUGCACAUAAAUACCUUGGCGUUGUUUGCACAGCAAAACCACUGGAGAGAGUUUUCGCCAAAGAAGAGAGCGAUGUCUUCUGUAACAGGCGAAGCUGCUUAGAGACGGAAAAUGUCAAUAUGGUACUAUUUCUAAACAGCAACUGUUCUACAACAAUGUAGCAACCCACUGGGAAUAAAACGAGUUGAAUCAACGUUGUCGCCAUGUCAUUUCAACCCCAAAAAAUCUAAGUGAUGACGUUGAAUCAAAGCGGAAAACUGAUUUGAUUUGCCAAAAGUAAUAGACGUGGCAUUUUAUAUAUUUUUUUCACCCAAUUUUUAACCUUAAUCCAAUGGCAUGGUGAAUGUGUUUGUUGAUUUCACUUUAGUUGACAACUCAACCAAAUGUAAAUCAAAACAAGAAGUUGAAUUGACGUCUGUGUCCACUUGGAACACACCAAUGACAAAAGUACUCUUUCAAUUACAAAGCAACCUGAUUAUAUAUAUAUAAAAUAUUGUAACAAUAUGUGAUGAUCAUGUGUUUAUAUAAACUACAAAGUAAACAUAACUGUCAAUUACCUAACACAGAAUUAUAUUUAAAACAUUACAACAUAAACAUUAGAACCUGAUCAACCUUUAAUCGAGAGAAAAAAACGAUAACACUGAAAACACAGAUUACGCCUGGCACCUUGUGGAAAAGAUAACAAUUUAUGCCACACUUUAUGCCACCUGGUGGAAAAGAUAACACUUUAUGCCACACUUUAUGCCACCUGGUGGAAAAGAUAACACUUUAUGCCACACUUUAUGCCACCUGGUGGAAAAGA